GGCCACUUCGUCAAACUGCCCAUGAAUAUCAGUAACUGGAAGGUAUGCCACACCGUUAUUUGUUGCCUUACGAUAAUUAUCACAUAGUCACAAUUUCGCAUGGUGUAGUAGAGUUGACGGUUGUGUAGGUAAUCUAGUAGUAUCGAAGGUCGUCGAGGGGACCCUUUGUGCUCGAUCACCUGCUCACAUGCUAAGACCCUCUCACUCGACUUGCAAUAGUGAUUUCGCUUUCAAACACAUUCGAGCAUUCUACUCCUAGCCUGUGAUAGAAACCUCCUUGAGUAUACUCUCUGUUCGUGCCUUCGGGUUAUUCUAUUCCAAGUACUAACGUCGCAAGUAGCUUGGUUACUUCAUACCGCGAGUAUGGUAUCCGGAGGCAAGACCCUUAGGGGAAGGGCCCUAUGUGCUGCCACCAUACUUUUGUUAUCCAACCUUUUGCUGCACGUAGUCGCCGCCAAACUAGAUGAGAAUGAAACAGAGGCCCAGUCAAAUCAGCUCACAGCAUUCGCACUAGAAGCAGGUCUUCAAGCAGCAGAUGAAGACCCGGACUACACGUGUACUGCAUCCAACCCGUGCAAGCUAGGCUGUCCAUGGAGAUCCAACAACCGGCAAAGGUACUUGCGGUAUGGGCCCGGACUUCUGCGGUAAAGGCUGCAUUUCCACUUGCGAUCAGAAGUCCGAGUGCGAUCCGGGAUGGGGUAUGCAGUGGUCUAAUGCGAGCGCCUGUCCGCUGAAUGUCUGCUGCUCUAAAUUCGGGUUCUGCGGCACGACGCAGGACUUUUGCGCGGGCAAGACAGUCGCGAGUCCGCAGUGUCCAGGGGGAAAAAGCGCCGACCAGAGGCUCAUCGGAUACUACGAGGGCUGGAACUUGGCAAGGCCUUGCGGCAGUAGGUCUUUAAUCUUUUCUUGUGCACUUCUUCAGUAUCCGUCUGUAGAUAUGAGACGGGGAAAUCUAUGCCCAGAAUCAAAAGCGCAAAGUCUAACCAAUCUCUUAGCCAUGAAGCCCGAAGACAUCCCUCUGGGUUGGUACACGCAUAUCAACUUCGCCUUCGCGCUGGUCAAUCCUACCACAUUCCGGAUUGACCCGAUGGACGCCAAUACAGCAUCCCUCUAUAAGCGUGUGACCGCUAUAAAACAGAAGCAGGCUGACCUGAAAGUCUGGAUUGCUAUUGGCGGCUGGGCUAUGAAUGACCCCGGGCCGUACCGUACGACCUUUUCCGAUCUAGCUGGUAGCGAGGCGCACCAGGACGCCUUUUUCGAGUCCCUUCUCACCUUUAUGCAGCAGAACGGGUUCGCCGGCGUGGAUAUCGACUGGGAGUAUCCUGUUGCUGAUGACCGCGGUGGCGUGGCGGCGGACUUCGACCAUUACCCGAAUUUCUUGAAAAGGUUGAGAGAAAGGCUGAAUGCAUCGGGCAAGGAGUAUGGAUUAUCUAUUACUCUGCCCGCGUCUUACUGGUAUCUCCGUGGCUUUAAUCUCAAGGAGUUGGAGCCAUAUCUUGAUUGGUUUAACAUCAUGACAUACGAUAUCCACGGUGUUUGGGACCGCACGGUUGAUUCCAUCGGCCCCUACGCUUACUCCCACACCAACUUGACCGAGAUUCAACUGGGAUUAGAGCUCCUCUGGCGUAACAACAUCAACCCAGGCCGCGUCGUCAUGGGACUAGGUUUUUAUGGCCGCUCAUUUACUAUGAAGGACCCCAACUGCAUGCACUCAGGAUGCGAAUUCAGCGACGGUGCCCACGGUGGUGAGUGCACCGGGACGCCUGGCGUACUCUCAGCGGCGGAGAUAGUAAAGAUCAUUGCCAAUGGCGCGACUAUUACGUUUGACGAGGAGGCUGCUGUUAAGAUUGUUACUUGGGACACCAACCAGUGGGUCAGUUGGGACGAUGCUGAGACGAUGAAGAUUAAGAUGGACUAUGCGAACCAACGGUGUUUGGGAGGAUGUAUGGUCUGGGCAAUCGACCUAGAUGACGGUACAUUGCUGAAUGCGCUGGGUAGUGUCUCGUCACGGCCGAAGCAGCGCAUCUUAGAGGGUCUUCCAGACAUCCUGCCGGAUUUUGAGUCGCCGUGGCCGGAUAAAGAUGAGUUGUAAUUGUAUUAACAGGUAGGUAAUUAAUAAGAGAGAACUAUCUUAUUUUAUAACUAAGCUAGAUUGAAACUCGACUUGCUAAAACGUUCCAACACUUAAUCAAGGGAGUCAUUUUAUCUUCAAGUACAAACAAGGACAUUUGAUUAUCGUGAAUAUAAUUUGGAUUCCAUGAGCUAAGACACACAACCCGCGUCCGGAUCCUUCUUUACAACGGUCUUAAACUUGUUCAAGUACGCACUCCCCUUUUUAUUGAGC